GAGAUAGCAGGGAAGUACGGAGCUCUCUGCCUCACUAGCUAAACGUGUCUCGACUCGUGGAUGUUACUUGUAGUGUUUCAACUUGGAGUCUCUUGCAUGGUGGACAUGUGGGGAGGGUGGGCCACUGACAAUGUGUGCAUACAGGCCGUUGCUGAUGAUGCUGCUGUGUAGAAGUGUUCAUGUGGGAGCACCCCGGGAGAGCAUCAGGGGCAAGGUUGGAUGUCCCUUUGUUAGACUCCCUCACACCAAUUGUACAGUCACGGAUCUCAAAUAGCCCUACACCAACAAUCAACAAAUCAGCUCGUGUUAUUCUAUGUCCUGGAACAACGAGACCGGAACUGGUCCCAGGCACACUAUGAUGCCUCUGCCUCUCCGACGGUUGUUGUGGUGGUUUGCUGUGGGGAAUCUUCUCGUGUCCAUCUUCAUGCUUCCCCUCUCACUCGGACAACGCAUAUCAGCGUCCAAUCGAAGACGACAGUACGACUUUGCAAACGAUCGACCAGAAGUAUUUUACGAUACCAGGAUGAUGACGGAUGGUCGCGAAGAGACCGUGUAUCUUCUCAAGGGGGAGACGGAAAGUUACAAUUUUCUCCUUGAGGAGGGCGGAGUGCCCCUCUCGAUAAUGGUUACCCCGUGUGCAUCGAACAUCACCUUCGUCCUCACCAACAGAGCCAUGACAAGCAGCAGCGAGGAAGGCGACCCUGAAGACACUUUUUCAACCCAAAUGGGAGGUCAGUCUUCAGUGCGGGUAGAAGAGUUCAAAGGCGGGGGUAAUAUGGUCUACACAACGCGCAAUGCUCGUAAAGGAAUCUACAUUCUUAGUCUGCAAGCCAUCAACACGGAUACCACAGUGAAGUUGUUCGCAACCACCAAGCCAGAAUCUGUGUCACUGUUCCCUCUGUUGCCCGUGGAUGCAAAGGUCCGGGUGACAGCAACAACACGAAGGUCCAUCAAAUUUUCAUGGAAUCCCAAUAGCAUCCCAACGGAAUUGCCACAAACCCCCUCUCAUGAAUACUGUGUGUCUGUGAACAAAGCAAUGAACUUUCAUAGCCAUUGCUCGGUCUUGGCUCAUUUACAGGGGGACACGUGUCCAACACCUCCUCCCCACAGCGGGUUUGGUUUUCAGUGGGAGAAGAGUAAAAACAGAGAACGGCAAAGGAAAGCCAAGCCGAUCAAAGCAAUGUCGCCCAAAAGGUUGUUUUACACAUGUGUUGGGUCAAAAACAAAUUUUACAUUUGACAAAGCAAAACCAGAAACUAGGUACUUCAUAGACGUGUACGUACUGGAUAAAAACACAAAUAGGUCGUCCACAUAUGUGGGCACGGUGGUGCAGACGAAGAAGAGGAAGAGGCGACAAGCGCUGCUGAAAAAUGAGAAGAGGAAGACGGUGACUUUACAAAAGGGUGUGCGUUCUGUGAGUGUUAAAUUGGUGUUGACCAAACAGGUCGAGAAGGGUGUGUUGGAACUGAAAGCAUGUAGAGGGGUUCUUCCCUUUGAGAUUCUGUAUGACAAUAAACUUAUCCAUAAAUCAGAGGUUAGGAGGAUCAAAAUUGUGAGAAUGAAAAACUUGCCUGCAGGCACUUAUAUUUUAAGGUUUAAGGGGAAAAGAAAACGCAAACGUUCAGUGAUGGUGUUCUUUACCGAGUCUGGCAGGUACCGCCCGCCACGUCUCCCAAUGGACUACAGAAUCAAAGUCUUCAACACACUUACCACAUGCACAAAUGUGACACUUGCCUGGAUGGGCAAUACUGUUAAACAAAAAUAUUGUCUUUAUAAAAAGGAAUUAGUUAACAAUCAAAAAGUGCGGAAGCACCGAUGCUCUGAUCCCGGGCAUCGCAGUGACAAAGAAAAGGUAUUUUGUACAAGGUUUAGACACAGACAGCCUUCGAAGGCUGUCAUCAGUAAGACAGUUACGGGUUUGAAACCCGAUACAAACUAUUUGUUUGAUGUGUACGUUAGUAGAGGAAACAGUGCAUCGCUGGUGUACCUCAACCAGCAAGUCAGGACCAAAGCGCAGUGCUAGACCCAGGAGCAUGACGCACCUAGGGAUAAGAUAUAUUGAGUUAGUCAAUGAAGCAAUGUUACAAUUUGUGCUGUACAUGUGGAGUACAAUACCUACUGUUCCUCUUAAGCUUCUCUGAAUCUGCCUGGCAACAGGUUCUCGGAUGCUGAGGUUGACGCGUCCUUACAGAUGAUUUGACGUUUGUAUUGGGCGUUGGACCUUGAACGAAGAUGUCAGUGGGUAAAUAACGAUUGGACAGGAAUACAAGAAUCGAAACAUG